AAUAAUAGAAAAAUAUUGAAAUUGUUUCGUAGUUAUCUUCUGAGCUUUUGUUGUUAACCUCGUUAGCCGGAAUUAUAUUAGUACAAGGAAUUGUUAAAUUUCAUCAAGCGUUUUAUAGAAGUUGUGAUUAUUUGUUGAAAUUUAUUUCUAAAGUUUGAAACCUCUGUGAAAACAACAGAGCCGUUUAACAAGUCUUGUCGUCAUCGUAAACAAGGCAGAACUCUUAUCACAAAGUUUACUAACGUGUACGCGCUAAACUAGCAUCGACUAUUGUGACCGAGUUGUGCUGAAUCAAAACCGUAAUAAAAAUGACUGAAUUCAAUCCGGAAUUCCGCGGUUACCGAUCUCCGCUGAGCACUCGCUAUGCUAGUAAAGAGAUGCAGUAUCUGUUCAGUGAGCAGAACAAGUUCUCCACUUGGCGAAAAUUAUGGAUAAUCCUGGCGAAGGCCCAAAAGGAACUUGGCUUGGAAAUCAGCGAUGCUCAAAUCGCCGAGAUGGAAGCUCACAUUGAGGACAUCGACUUCAAGGCCGCCGCCGAUGAGGAAAAACUAACCCGUCACGACGUGAUGGCACAUGUACAUGUGUUUGCCAAGCAGUGCCCUCUUGCGGCACCAAUCAUUCACCUGGGUGCCACUUCGUGCUACGUUGGUGAUAAUACCGAUCUGCUUGUACUGAAAGGAGGAUUGGACUCCCUUCUUCCGAAAUUGGUGGGGGUCAUCAAGCGUCUGUCGGAGUUUGCUGUCGAGUAUCGAGAUUUGCCUACACUUGGAUUCACCCAUCUACAACCUGCGCAGCUAACCACCGUUGGCAAGCGAUGUACGCUCUGGGUUCAAGAUCUACUAAUGGACGAGCGUGCCUUAACAAAUUGUCGCGACAAUUUGCGGUUCCGAGGCGUGAAAGGGACUACCGGAACCCAAGCAUCAUUUUUGCAGUUGUUUGCCGGAGACGGGGCCAAAGUACGCCAGUUAGACCAAAAAGUCACCAACCUUGCUGGUUUUGAGAAAUAUUACGCCGUGACUGGGCAAACCUAUACCCGAAAAGUUGACUUGGAGAUCGUGUCUGCCUUAGCCAGCUUAGGAGCAACAAUUCAUAAGAUGUGCUCAGACCUGCGUUUACUCGCAUCACGAAAGGAAGUCGAGGAACCGUUUGAAUCAACACAAAUAGGAAGCUCCGCUAUGGCCUACAAGCGCAAUCCAAUGCGUUCGGAACGUUGUUGUGCUCUGGCGAGACACCUUAUUACACUCCACGCAAGCGCCGCCAAUACUUUGGCCGUUCAAUGGCUGGAACGAACCUUGGAUGAUUCGGCAAAUCGUCGCCUAACAUUAUCAGAGGCGUUCCUUUCGGCAGACGCUUGCCUCCUAACGCUGCUUAACAUUUCCCAAGGUUUGGUUGUUUACCCGAAGGUAAUCGAGCGUAAUAUUGCCCAGGAGCUUCCGUUUAUGUCCACCGAAAAUGUGAUCAUGGCCAUGGUGAAGGCCGGCGGUGAUCGUCAGGUUUGUCACGAGAAGAUUCGUGUGCUAUCGCAUGAAGCCGGGGCUCAGGUGAAACAGCACGGCAAGGACAACGAUCUGGUGGAACGCAUUAAAGCGGAUGCCUAUUUUGCUCCCAUUUUGGGUGAUUUGGACAAAAUUCUGGAUCCUAUGACCUUUACCGGCCGUGCUGCCGAUCAGGUGCUGGAGUUUGUUCGCGAAGAGGUCGAUCCAGUAGUUGCCAGAUACGGAAGCAACGUAGAGACCAAGUCGAUUGGAUUGGCAAUCUAGUUUGGGGUACGAAACGUUCUCAAAUGCUUUCAAAAAGCGAGUAAUAAACAUAAUAUAAUAAAUAGACAA